GGAUUGCAAAAAGUGAAAAAGCGUCUUAAAUAAUGAGAAAAAUGAAUAGGAAGGAGAAGGUAGUAGAAAAGGAAAAGAGGGGGACGCACUGAUGUUUUCUGCUUUUCACAACUCGAGUGAAUCAGAACUGCAAGUGGCAAUGCUCGUGCGGGAUGUAGGCGCUUUUCUUCCAGCGAGAAACGUGAAGACAGCUUGUCGCUCCGUUGUUGGUUGGAUCAGCGCUGUCUUCUGGCUAGAUCUUGUUGCUGGGCGACAACAGUUACAGCUAGUGCGUCGACACCAAAAGGAGGCGUUUCGCUCGCAAGACCAACGCGCCACAUCCAUCACAGGUUCCUUUAGACAACGUUUCCGUGAAGAUGCACACUCUGCUGGUAUUGGCGAUGCCGGGGCGGCGGAUUGGUUGAAGAAAAGAUCCAAUCGAAAAUACGAUCGCCGCGAAAUCGACGAUGACCCACCGCUUGACACGACAGAAUUCAACCCACCACUACCGCCUUUUGGGCCUUCCAGGUCAGACACAGCAGACCUCGACCCGAAGAAUGAGCUUCAGCCAGUAUCGUUCUUCAUGGGUGAAGCCCACUGGGGAUCGCUUUUCGACGGAUACGGUGCGGGACUGAAAACUCAUCCAAACGGUGUCCAGUCCGCAGAUAAGGCAGACGUCGUUUUUCUGGUGUGGCUAAUCAAUGGGAUGCCGGGUGAUCACGCAAAUUCUGACUUCACGGACAUCGCCGACGGGCUGGACGCAGUCGAGCCGACCUUCGUAGAAGAGAAAUCCGAGACCGAGAGAAGCUCGUCAGGAUCCACACUCGUACACAAAAAAGAGGGCAGUGCUGCUGGUAGCGCUCAGAGACGAGAGAAGAUGUUUGUAACCUUUCUCCGCUCUUUGCUGGACAAGAAGCGUUACCCGCAGCGCAGCCCUUCCAGGCCGUAUGCGCUCGUGAUGAACGGUCUGUACUUCCCGGUCCCAGAGUUGAUGCAGCUGGUCGAAAAACGUGCGGUGGGUCGGCGCGGAAACGAAACUUCAACGACUGGCGACUUUCUGUUUGUCAAUAUCGAGCGCCUGCAGCACGAUCAAAAGCCGAAUACCACGAGGAUUGAUCUUCCGGGAGUUACCGUUCCACAGACGACUUGUCAAAUAAUCGCUCCGCCAGCAGAGCUGCCCCUGGUGGGGGACCUCAAGUUGAAGCCAGGUAGUGCUCUCGAUGGAAGGACAUUUUUCGUCGCCGGGCGCGCGAGUUCCAACAUGCGACUGAUUGCACCGACACGGAGGGAUUUAGCGCAGACGUUCGCGAAGUGGUACGCAGAGCACAAGAUCCACGACGAAGUGGACUUUUUCGGUGUUAGCAGGAAUGCCACGCAAAAUAGUGCAGCAUCUCACAAUGCUUAUGCCAGCACCCUGGAGUCGUUGUUUGCUCGAUUCACAGGUCCUCUCAGCAAUAAGAGGACGUCUAUAGCCAACGAGCAUUUGAACAGUUCGGCAGGUGGAGGCAAUGCCACGGCAAUGCGCCCUGGCGAGGUGCCGCGUAUCUAUUUUGAGCGCAGGCCGGAGGCGUUUCGCCCUUGGUGA